AUGUCAUCAUCAAAACGCAUGCUAAAAAUGCUAACAUACGAGGAAAAAGCGGCAGUGAUACGGGAAGUUGAAAAUGGAUUUAAAACAAAGUCUUUGAUAGCUAAAGAAUUUGGUAUUCCACCUAAUACUUUGUCAACUUAUCUUAAAAAUAAAGAAACAAUUUUAAAUAAGUUGGCUACGUCCAGUGUAAAGGGCAGAAAAAGGGCUAGAGAACCGGAAAAUCCUGAUGUAGAUGAGUGCGUUUACAAAUGGUUUAAACAGACACGUGACAAAAAAAUACCCCUUAGUGGGCUGUUGAUAAGAGCAAAAGCUGAAGAAUUCGCAUUAAAAUUAGGAAAAAUUAAUUUUAAGGCGAGCAAUGGAUGGCUCGAUGGUUUCAAAGAAAGAAAUGGCAUUUCUGAUGAUUGGAAAAUAAAAUUGUUACAAAUGAUAAAAAGCAAAAAUCCCAAAGACAUUUUCAAUGCAGACGAAACAGGCUUAUUUUACAGGUGUACCCCAGACAAAACACUAGCUUUUAAAGGUGAACGGUGCAGUGGUGGCAAACAAAGUAAAGAACGCGUAACACUGUUAGUCGGAGCUAACAUGGACGGGUCAGAAAAAUUGCCAUUGUUGAUGAUAGGAAAAUCAUCAAAUCCUAGGUGCUUUAAAAAUUUAAAUCGAAACCAGUUGAAUAUCAAGCGAAUAAAAAAGCUUGGAUGA